AUGAAUUUCCUGAACACCAAAUUACAGGCACAUGCUGUCUGCUACCGACAGAUGCCAAAAGAAUGCGAUUUUGGCGUUCUACGAAAAAUUCUGUUACCCCCGUCAUCGUUGACUAUUCCACGAACCGAACUCCCGAUGGAGCAGCUAUUGGCCAUAACAACAAAUGAACCUCCUCAGUCGCGUAAGGUGUCAUCACCAUCAAAAAUUCAACCGGACGAUGUGUCAUCUUCUGGUGAAGACAUGAAAGAACGUGAGGAUACGGAAAUUUUGCGAGUUUUCGAUGGUAACUCGUCAUUACGAGCACAAAUCUGUCGAACAGCAAGCGUUCCGAAAACUGCUACGGUGCAGCAGAUUCGUGACACAGCGAUGCGUCGCUUCCACAUUACUGAUAACCCGGACAACUACUAUGUAACCCAAGUUGUCAACGAUGCAGGUGACGAAGAAACACUCGAAGAUCCGGUCCCACUGCGAAAUGUGAAGCGACCGGAAGGUCGUCGUGCACAGAUAUUCCUUAGGUACAAAGAUGAUCCUGACAAGGAUGUGGUCAAGCUUUAUGGCGGGUGGCUGAGGGUUCCUGUAACGUUUUGUUCGUUGACCGUAACGCGUGACACUUUGGUCCAGGAUGCCCUUGCUGAUGCUUUGCAAAACUUCGGUCUGGAUCCUAGCACGUGGAAUAGGUAUAAUCUAAUAGAAGUAUCAUUGGACCGAGGUGUCGCUGAGCGAACAUGCAAUCCUCAGGAAAACAUGUUACAAUUGGUGCGAAAUCUGCGAAAG